UCCCUCUCUCUCUCCAUCCCGCAGCAGGUUGCUCUGGCCCGACACGACCAGUUGCGCGGACCCCCUCCGGACUCCACCGAGCCCCCGAACCGAGCCGAACUGAGCCGAACUGAGCCGAGUCUGCAGCAGCAGCCCGUACCGAGGAGUCAGCGCGCUCAGCGGCGGCUCCGCAGCAGUGUGUCCGUGUCCAUGGAGGCUCCGGGCGGCCCGCGGCGGAGGAUCGUCCCGCCGCCGCCCCUCGUUCUGGUUCUGGUUCUGGUCCUGCUGUGCUGCUCCGCCGCUCCGGGACACGCCGAGAGGGUGUGUCACUGCAGCGGAAAGUCUCUAUGUCACUGUGACGGGGUCAAAGGGCAAAAGGGUGAAUCUGGCUACCUUGGAUAUGAUGGACUUCCUGGAGUGAUUGGUUACCCUGGAUAUGAGGGUCACCAGGGCUCACUUGGAGAAAAGGGUGAGUGGGGACCAGCAGGAGGUUCAGGACUGAAAGGCUCUCGGGGCCUUCCUGGAAAACCAGGUUUCCCAGGACCUCCGGGACUGCCGGGACUUCCCGGACAUGAAGGACCCCUCGGUCGCCCAGGACUCCCAGGAUGCAACGGGACAAAGGGCGAUGUUGGUUACCCAGGGUUUCCCGGGGUUUCAGGACCUGUCGGCCUUCAAGGUCAACCAGGACUGCGAGGUGCAAAGGGAGACUCGUUGUUCUUUUCCAUCCCUCCGGAUAUUAAAGGAGCAACAGGACCACAAGGACCAAACGGAGUAAAGGGGCUGAAUGGAGAUCCAGGGAAACCCGGCCCGCCAGGACCACCAGGACCCGCCGGGCUUCCCGGAAGUCCAGGGUUUGCGGGGUUACCAGGAGAAAAGGGUCAGGAGGGCCCCAGUCCAGUGAUACCAGGUCCCCGCGGACAGAGGGGUGAUCGCGGCCCGCCGGGCAUCCCUGGACAAAAAGGAAUUAAACUUUAUGCUGAAGGAUCCAAAGAACUGAAGGGAGAACCAGGUGAAGUUGGAAUGAAAGGUUGUCGUGGAGUUCUUGGUUUUCCGGGGAGACUGGGGGAUAAAGGUGGUAAGGGCGGGAGAGGUGAUCCUGGCUCACUGGGUAAACCAGGGAAGGAUGGAACUCCAGGAGAGCUGGGACAACAGGGAUACUCAGGGAAUCGUGGGUACCUCGGUCCUCCAGGAAUUGAGGGAGCCACAGGAGAGAAAGGUGAUCGGGGUUUCCCAGGUCUUCCAGGAGAGACGGUCUGGAUCCACACCGUUCUGAAGGGCCAGCGCGGUGUCCCCGGGCCCCCCGGACCCCCAGGAGUCCAAGGACAACAAGGACUCAUUGGCUUUCCUGGAAUGAAGGGCGUGCCAGGUGUGGCUCCCACUGGUCCACCGGGCCCCCAGGGGCCGCCUGGCUCGACUGGAAGCAGAGGAGAAAUGGGAGAGCCGGGGCCAGACAUCGUCGGGUCCCCAGGACAGGAUGGAGUCCCGGGAGGUUUUGGAGUCGACGGAGAACCCGGAGAACCAGGAAUACCAGACUUCCUGCCGGGAGACGUUGGUUUUCCCGGAACUAAAGGUCUAAAAGGCUCGGUGGGAUUCCCUGGAUAUAGAGGGGAGGAAGGACAGACAGGUGAGAAUGGGGAGUUGUGCUUGACCUGUGCACUUGUUCUCGGCGAACCCGGACCUCCGGGUAAACCAGGAGAGCCAGGUGAAGAUGGGUUGGCAGGAUCAGACGGUUUUCCAGGACCCAAAGGAAACAAAGGAGUCAAAGGUGAUGAUGGACCACCUGGUCCACAGGGCCCAUUUGGUAUCCCCGGCCUCGCGGGGGCCCCCGGACUUGUUGGUGACCCUGGGAUCAUGCAGAGGGUUGGGCAGAAGGGUGAGGAAGGGGAACAGGGGGAGUCGGGACCGCCCGGUUUCGAGGGGACGGAUGGAUCUCCAGGAUUUACAGGACCAAAAGGUUUUCUGGGACAGAAAGGAAACCCUGGGCCUCUGGGGCCUAAAGGUGACAGGGGACUUUUCGGGGAGACUGGUCUCAGAGGACUAGUAGGACAGAUAGGACCUCCAGGACCACCUGGAAUUGGGCUUCCAGGACCUCCGGGAUCUAAAGGCAAUGUGGGAGUCCUGGGAAAGCGAGGAGAUCCUGGAAAUCCAGGUGAAAAAGGUUCUCCAGGUGAAAUCAAAACUUAUCCAGGAGAUCCGGGACAGAAAGGAGAGAAAGGUUUACCCGGAAACCCCGGACCUGAAGGUGGGGUAGGACUUCCAGGUGGUCCAGGAUUUGUUGGUCCGAGGGGUGAAAGAGGAGAAAAAGGAUUCUCAGUCCAGGGGCCUCCAGGCUUCCCAGGGGUCAAAGGAAUCAAGGGCCCUCCAGGAGCUCCGGGUUCACCAAGUUUUGGUAUCAAGGGACGGGCCGGCCCGUCAGGCCCCCCAGGGAUGCCGGGCCCCAAGGGGGGCAGCGGUAUUGGUUUCCCAGGCCAGCAGGGUCAGUCAGGCCCCCAGGGAGAAGAUGGCUCUGUGGGGCCCAAAGGAAACCUCGGACCCCAAGGAACAGAAGGAGCUCCAGGACCUCCAGGGCAAGACGGACCUCCCGGACCUAAAGGUCGGAGUGGUCUGGAUGGGUUACCGGGUGCUGUUGGUUUUGUUGGGCCAUGUUUACCUGGAUCUCCUGGACCUGAAGGAGAGCCUGGACCGAUGGGCUUUGUCGGAUUUCCAGGGAUACGGGGCCAAAAGGGUUUGCAGGGUGACCCUGGGUGGCAGGGUGUGGGAGACCCAGGGCCUCAGGGGCCUUACGGGGCCCCAGGAUUUGAUGGACCACCAGGACGAGUAGGAGAAGUUGGAUUGAAGGGCCUGAGAGGGAAGAAUGGGGAAACAGGAAGCACAGGUAUUAGAGGAGAUGUGGGUCCUCUAGGAGCCCUUGGGAGUCCAGGAGAUGACGGGAAACCAGGAGAGACUGGACCACCAGGACCCAAAGGUGAGAUGGGUGUAGAUGGGAUCAGUAGAUCUCAGGGGCCUCCUGGGCCUCAGGGGAACCGAGGAGAAACCGGACCAAAAGGAUUCAAGACCACUGUGGAUAUAUAUGGAGAUCCUGGAGACCUUGGAGCCCCUGGGCCCCCAGGUCUCACUGGUAGUAAAGGAGAGACAGGCUUCCUGGGGCCACAGGGCCUCGACGGCAGCAAUGGUAGACCUGGAAAUUGCGGCCCGCAAGGACCUUCUGGAGACCCGGGCAGAGAUGGCCAGAAUGGUCCUCCUGGUCCUUGGGGACCCAACGGGAUCCAAGGAGAGAUGGGGAGGCCAGGUUUUAAAGGUGAGAAAGGUAGUGCAGGGCCUUCUGGGGAACCUGGAUCAGAAGGAGAUCCAGGACCAGGAGGACUUAAAGGUACUAAAGGGGAACCAAGCCCACCUGGACCAGGAUCUAAAGGAUUUCCAGGAGAGAAGGGGAAUCGGGGAUUUUCAGGAUCUCCAGGUAUGAAGGGGACUCCAGGGGACAGGGGAAACUUUGGUCCUCCAGGAUCCUGUGGCUCCUGUGGCCCUAAAGGAAAUUCUGGAUCCCCGGGAUGCAGAGGUCCUCCUGGGUCUCCUGGUGACAAGGGUUGUGAUGGUUCUCCGGGGGAAAACGGCCCUGUAGGACCCACCGGCCUCACAGGUAACAAGGGGGCUCCUGGAGAUCCUGGUCCAGCUGGUCCCAGAGGAACCCAGGGGCAGGACGGGAUACCUGGACCUCCAGGAGAGAAAGGAGCCAUGGGAGCUCCUGGAAUCGGACCCCGGGGCGCAGAUGGGAAGACAGGUCCACCUGGAUGUGUUGGGGAGAAGGGUCCUCCUAGUGCCUGUGGUCCACCUGGUCCUCCUGGUCCUGCGGGAAACCAAGGGUGUCAUGGUGCUCCUGGCCCCCCUGGUCCUCCUGGUGCGCCUGGCACGGAGGGAGCUUGCACUGAAGGAGCCAAAGGAGAAAGUGGAGUCGCCGGACAACGAGGACCCAAAGGUCCACAGGGCUUUCGGGGUCCUCCUGGUCCUCCAGGUCCUGGUUUUAAAGGAGAGAAGGGAUCUAAAGGAGCUACAGGUUGCCAAGGACCAUCUGGUUCCCGUGGUGACUCUGGCCCUCAAGGCAGGCAGGGUCAAGAAGGACCACCAGGUCCACGUGGACAAAAAGGCCGGAUGGGAGACACUGGUGUCACAGGACCUGUUGGUGUGAAGGGGGAGGAAGGACCAUUGGGGAACGAGGGCUUACAAGGACCUCCAGGACCACCUGGGAGGAGAGGCCAGAGAGGGGAGGACCAAUACAUGGACGUGGUGAUGGUGCCUGGAGACCAAGGCUCACCCGGAGAAAAGGGAAACCCAGGACUGAAAGGACAACCAGGGGCCCAAGGAACACCUGGAGGUCCAGGUUUAAAGGGCUUCAUAGGAAGUGUUGGUCAAAGAGGACGAGAUGGUCUUCCUGGAUUUAAAGGGAAUCGGGGAGAGCCAGGAUUCCAUGGAGCAAAAGGUAUCGCAGGUUCACGAGGUCCGGUGGGUGCUAAAGGUGCUAAAGGUGUUAAAGGUUCAUUGGGUCAGUGCACAGAUGGAAAGGAGGCCGACGGCUUUCUGUUCACCAAACACAGCCAGACAAUCUUAAUCCCAGACUGCCCUGCAGGUUCAACUCAGAUGUAUAGUGGCUACUCGCUGCUGUUCAUCAAUGGUAACAACCGCGCUCACGGACAAGACCUGGGGACACUAGGUAGUUGUUUACCUCGCUUUACCACCAUGCCCUUCCUGUUCUGUAACACUGACAACACCUGUCGCUACGCCUCACGCAACGACUACUCCUAUUGGCUGUCCACCCCUGAACAGCUGCCGGCCAGCAUGCCGCUGAUCUCUGGGGAUUCACUGAGGAGUUACAUAAGCCGGUGUUCUGUAUGCGAGGCCAGAGCCAACGUGAUCGCUGUCCACAGUCAGACCAGCAUCAUUCCAGACUGUCCCUCGGGCUGGGACUCUCUCUGGUUCGGAUACUCCUUCGUCAUGGAAACUGGAGUGGGGGCGGAGGGGUCAGGUCAGCCGCUGGCCUCUCCCGGAUCCUGUCUGGAAAACUUCCGGAAGAUUCCCUUCAUCGAGUGUCACGGCAGAGGAACCUGCAACUACUACACCGACUCGUACAGCUACUGGCUGGCUGCUCUCAACCCCCGCGACAUGUUCAGCAAACCGAAGCCUCAGACUGAAAAAGGAGAGUUCCCCGGCGAUCUGAUCAGCCGCUGUCGAGUCUGUAUGAAGCAACUGUGAACACCCACGCCUGACAAAACUGAUACUUCUGCUGUAUAUGCUACUGCUGCUAACACUACGUAUACUACUACUCGUACUACUACUGAUAAUAAAUACUACUAUUACGACCUGAGCUGCAGCACGCAGAGCUGAAAGAGGCUCGAUGGUGUUUCAAGCCCCCACCGUCGACUUCAAGGCAGCGCUGCGACCGUUGACUUCAAGGCACCUAACCCUAACCCUAACCCUUGCCUAACCCAAGUGCCUUCCACGCAGCGCUGCCUGGAAGACGACAUUGGGGGCUUAAAACUCCAAACACCCUGAAAGAGCACAGAAAAGUUCCUCCAACAGCCAGUAGACAGAGCUCCAAGUAAACUUGAAGUGAAUCAUGAACUCAUUAUCGUACGAUAACGUACGAAAACGUACGCACAACAAUUCCUAUAUCCUGUCUUUAUGUCUUAAUUAGAUUCAACUGAGAAAAAGUGAGCGUCAUGCGGCGACGACAGUUAUGAUUUUGAAGAAAAACCAACGCCUCCUCCAAAUCCUCCGAGGAUAUGGGUGAUUUGUCACCCCCUCUCUUCUGACCCACAGGAGCGUUUCAGAAAUGAGCGCCCCCUAGUGGUGGCAGGAAAUAUGUCCUCAUAUCUAAACGUUGUGAAACGGUCCCAGUUUGGUUAGAUUUAGACACCAAAACUACUGAGUUGAGUUGAUAAAAAGAUGGAGGUUUGGGUUCAAAUCAGACGUGACUUCGCUUCCUGAAGGUUACCAUGUGACUCAGUUUGUUCCCUAAAGUUAAAAAAUACUCUGUUUCCUGCACCUGAACACACCUCGCUGUGAGACCAGCAUGCCCAGAAUGCACCUGAACACACCUCCCUGUAAGACCAGCAC